AUGGACAAAAGCAAAUCUAAGACUGACAGCACCAAUAAAAGUAGAACUCCAGAGAACAAACUGUUGGGCGACAAGUACGGUGUUUCCGGACGUGUUCCCGAUGAGAGGAGACGAAAAGAGCAGGAAAGGACAAAAUAUGAAAUUAUGAAAGAUCCUCGUCCGGCCAUAGCUCACAUGCGCACCCAUAAGCUCAGGUGGAAAGAUGGUGUACUAAAGGAAGCAAGUUCGUCCUCCAAGAGCGAGGAAAAAAGCAAAGAUGUUUAUAAAAGCAAAGACAGCGAAAAAAGCAAAGACGAAAAGCGUAAGAAUAAUGGCUUCGACUCUAAAAAGCUAGAAGAAAGUGAGGAAGAAAGUACAUUUUCGGAGAUGUUUCCGCCGGCGAUUGUCAUUUCAUUCUGCAUUCCUGCAAUAUUCAUCCUUUACUACUUGUACAUCAGUUAA